AUGUCUAAGGUAACUGAAGUAGUUCAGGGGACCAAGGAGAGCCCCUCAGCCUUCUUAGAAAGGCUCAUGGUGGCGUACCGUACCUUUACCCCUAUAGACCCUGAGGCACCUGAAAAUAGAAGGGCAUUAAACCUGGCCUUUGUCUCACAGGCAGCUCAAGACAUUCGGAAGAAAUUACAAAAAUUAAAUGGGCGAGGAGCAACCCUGGUGCAAGGGGCGACUGGGUCCCAAACUUGUAAAUGGACCACUGAAUGAAAAGUAGAUUUAGGCCAUAAAACGGUUACACAUUCUUUCUUAAUCAUGCCUGAGUGCCCCUACCCUGGAUUACUGGGCAGAGACCUAUUACAGAAACUAACGGCUUCUUUGAGAUUCACUGAGGGGGUAUGCCUGUUAAAGUCAGCCAGGAUGGCCCAACAAUAUCGAUCCCCUCCUUAAAAGUCUCCAGGCGGACUUCCCCAGGUAUGGCCCGAGACCAAUCCACCUGGACUGGCGAUUCAUCAAGCCCUGAUAAUUGUGGAACUUAAGGCGUCCACACUUCCGGUAAGACUGAAACAAUAUCCUAUGUCCCGGGAGGCUAGGCGGGGAACCGCUGUUCACAUCAAGCGUCUGCACGACUCGGACAUUCUGACCCCAUGCAAGUCGCCAUGGAAUACUCCACUUCUCCCUGUCCAAAAGUCUAACUCAUCCGAUUUUCGGCCAGUUCAAGACCUGAGAGCAGUAAACACCAGAGUAAUGGAUAUUCAUCCCACUAUACCCAACCCGUAUACUCUCCUUAGUCUGCUUCCCCCUUCUCAGGUGUAUUAUACAGUUCUGGACUUAAAAGACGCUUUCUUUGCCAUCCCACUGGACCCACAGAGCCAGCCACUGUUGGCAUUUGAACGGACUGAUCCUGAAGAGGGAAAAGCCGGACAGCUCACUUGGACGCGACUUCCCCAGGGAUUCAAAAACUCCCCUACUCUUUCUAAUGGAGCCCUGCACCAGGAUCUAGAACCAUUUCAAAUCUCCAAACCGCAGGUAACUCUGUUGCGGUAUGUUGAUGAUAUCUUGCUGGUGGCCCCCUCUCAUUCAGAAUGCCUGAGCACCACCAAGGAACUCUUGAGUCUUCUGCAAAAACUGGGAUACCGAGUGUCAACCAAAAAAGCGCAGAUCUGUUGCACUGCGGUCAUGUAUUUAGGUUACAACAUUAAAAAAGGUAAGCGCUAUCUCGGUGAACAAAGAAUUCGUGCUAUACUCGAUAUUCCUCAGCCUGAAACUCGCAAACAAGUCUGCGAGUUCCUUGGGGCAGCAGGCUACUGCAGACUAUGGAUACCUGGCUUUGCUGAACUGGCAGCCCCUUUGUAUGCCACUCUCAAGGGGUCUCUGGAGUCCUUCACAUGGGGGGAGACUCGAACUAAAGCCUUCCAAGCUUUACGAGAGGCUCUCAUGACCCCACCGGCCUUGGCCCUGCCAGAUCCCACUAAGCCAUUCCAUUUGUUUGUACCAAGAAAGGGAGGGGUAGCCAAGGGAGUUCUGACUCAGCGCCUGGGACCUUGGUGCUGACCAGUGGCCUAUUUAUCCAAAAGGCUAGACCCAGUUGCUUCCAGGUGGCCCACAUGCAUUUGACAGAUAGCUGCCACUGCGCUACUAGUCAAAGACGCAGAUAAACUAACCCUGGGACAGAUGUUGUCUGUUACAGGGCCCCAUGAAGUGGAGGCCUUACUGUGGGCUCCCCCAGAACGGUGGCUGUCAAAUGUUCGGAUUACCCAGUAUCAGGCAUUGCUGCUCGACCAGCCUUGGAUACGUUUUUGUGCCCCCGCAGCCUUAAACCCAGCUGCUUUGCUGCCUGAAGGACUAGGUCCCCCUCUAUAUUCUUGCCCAGAGACCUUAGUGACAGUUUCGUCCUUCUGCCCCGAUCUCACGGACAUUCCCCUACAGGAUCCUGAUAUCAACAUGUUUUCAGAUGGCAGUAAUUUUGUGUUUCAAGGGCAAAGGGAUGCCGAUGCUGCGGUUACGACAGACCUCGAGGUUUUAUGGCAACAGACCCUUCCCCUGCCAACAGACCCAACCUCAGCCAGCGUGCAGAGCUCUUCUGCGCUAACUAAAGCCCUGAAACUCGGAAAAAACAAGUCAGUUAAUAUUUAUACGGACAGCUGCUAUGCCUUUGCAACUGCGCAUGUUCACGGCUCCAUCUAUUAAGUGCGGCCUCCUCAUGGCGAGGGCAAGGACAUCAAAACGGAAAUUCUAGACCUUGUAACAGCCAUCUGGGAACCUGUGAGACUCGCGAUCAUUCACAGUCCAGGACAUCAAAAAGGCAACACCCUAGAGGCAGUCGGAAACUGCCUGGCUGAUGCGGCAGCCUGGGAAGCUGCCCUAACUGAAAGUAAAAGUGCUUUGGCACUACGGAUCUUGAUAGACGCCCUGCUUCCGCCGGAGCCCAAUUAUACUCCUAAAGAUUUGGAGUGGAUUUCAAGAAAAUGGGGAAGUAUGAUACCGGGACAAAAGUGGUUUCAGGAUCCUGAAGGUGAUGAUCAGACGAUGUGGUUGGCUAUAAAAACUCUGUACCCUGGCUCUCGAGACCGCACUCUGAUCAAGAGUGUCAGUCCCGAUCGAACCCCGAACCCCCAAUGUGAGGCCCAAGGAAAAUGUAACCCAACACCAGCUCAUCUACUUUCUCCUCAUUCUGGGAUACCGGGCACACUUGGGGCCUCCGAAUGUGAUGAUCAGACGAUGUGGUUGGCUAUAAAAACUCUGUACCCUGGCUCUCGAGACCGCACUCUGAUCAAGAGUGAGUCGUGUGGAUGCAACAUAACCACCAACAAGUCCUGUAGAACUUUGGACCGAGAAAAAGGAUUGAAUCAGCAGACUACAACAAAUGGGACUGUGAACCAAUUCCAAACAAAACCCCGAACCCCCAAUGUGAGGCCCAAGGAAAAUGUAACCCAACACCAGCUCAUCUACUUUCUCCUCAUUCUGGGAUACCGGGCACACUUGGGGCCUCCGAAUGUAUGA